AUAUUUUAUCAGCUGAGCCAGCUUUCCCUUUCAUAGGGGAGCUAUAACUAUUUCCCAGACUUAAAGUGUUAGUAGCGUCCACUGCCCUCUGUGUCUAUCAUUUCUGGCUGGUUGAUGUAACUGCUUUUCUCAUCCGAAAGUUGCCAUGGUAAACCUUGCAGGAAUUCUGCGAGAUCACUGGGUCAAUGUGCUUGUGCCUGUUGGAUUUGUAAUUGGAUGGUACCUGGACAGAAGGAAUGAUGAAAAGCUAAGUUCAUUCAGGAACAAGAGCAUGCUGUACAAAAGAGAAUUAAAGCCUGGUGAAGAAGUGACAUGGCGAUAAAGAUCAAAAAUCAUCAACUUAAAUAAAAUAUAUUUGCUGAUUAAGUUUGAUAAGUUUUCUGUGAAAAUUCUAUGCAUCCAUUAAGAUUUACUUAAAACAAAAUAAACCUAUUUGCUUUGGAAA